ACUCACUUGAAUCAUACAAAGAUCAACAUACGAGUAACUUUAUUACAGCUUUAUACUCUGACGCAAAUACGAAGGAAUUGAUCGCUUUAGCCACUUCAUUAUUCGGAACACCCAACGAACUCCAAAAGAGAGUAAGAGCAAGCCAAAAAGAGCAGAAGGAUAAAGGCGGGGAGAGAAGUGAUUACAGCAGCAUUCUCUGAAGUGUGCCGAGGCAUGGGACAUCGAAGACGGGCAGGGAGGAAAGCAUAUUCUCCGAGUUUCAAGUUUGUCCUAUUGUGUGAGCACAGUCAAAUACGACAGCGUUCCUACGAUCCGCAAGUCACUGUAAGAUGACAAACGCACCAUAGUAAAGGACAGAAUAUAAGAGCAUUUCUUCUGCGGAAGUUCCCCUCGUUAAAGAUCAUCCAAGACUGCGUAUCAAGACUGAAUGCUGAGCUUUUCCAUAGUGCAUAAUGGAGACGCCCAUGAUUUGGAAGAAGCCUUUGUUCAACUCAAGAUUCUGUUAUGGAGCACACACGCCACGGCAUUCAUGAAACUGCUCAUUUUUUAUCUUUGCGAUGAGUCCACUUCUCGAUUUAACUCGAUCUCCGACUCCAGAUCUAGCAUGCAAAUCGCACCGGGAGAUUCACGAAAAAGCUGCUAUGCUGGAUACAUUACUCACGAGCCUCAGAUGCCGCUAGUUCUGUAGAGCAAAAUCGAGCUAUUGACUUCAGUACUCGUUGCAGCAGCACCUUGGCUCUUCUAGCUAACUUUGUGCUUGCACGUCCGACUCUGUCACUGAGCCUCCAGCCCCUUCCAGUCACCAUCCGUUGGCCGCAUGAAAAGAGGCCGUCGUAAAUGAUCGACCGGUUGGGGAUUUUGCCACCAGCUCAUUCACACACUCGAACAGAAGCUCGGGGAGUGGAUGAGAUUUUCUGCACAGCCUCAAACCACAGCAGAGCUGAAUGGUAGCGCCGCGUGGAAAAUGACGACUGUCGGGCAAAGUCCGCUUGCUCGCCACAUCUCAUGGUCAAGGAGUCAUAAAGUUAUCAACUUUUAGGCAGAGCUUUUUGAGAUCGAUUGCUGGUCAUCGGGCCAUUCUGCAAACGGAGCCUGCAGUUCUGGCAGUUUGCAGUUGAUGCACUGCGAUUUGCUCGAGGCUUGGUACAGCAGCAGAAGUGUGAGGGUGGCGUGGUUGUAGACAGAGUACAGCACCGGAUGAAACAUUCACGAAGCGUGCAAUAGAUGCAGAGGAAGGUGGAGAUGAGGAGGAGCCUCUUUCUGGGUAUGGUAGCGGGGGCCAUAGCGUUCCUGUGCAUGCGGUCGCUGUUUGCAUUCAACACAGAAGGCAGCGUCUUCAUUCUCAGACGGCCGGGCCCUUCGGACUCGGCGAUGGAUCAGCUGGGCUACUACCUCUGGCCCAGGCGAUCGGAAGGCUUCCAGGAAGAGGGCGAUCUCGACGGAGUGCCAUUGACAGGCCUCUUUAACUUCACCGUCAAGCAGCGCCGGGAAUGGAUGGUUCUCAAUCUGGCCAAGUUUCAAAUCCUGCAGUCGGACACCAAGUCCGCAGCCUUCCCCAAACGAGUGGAGAAUUUCUUCCAGGGCUUCGGAGCCCAAGACGACCUCGACGGCGAUGGAGCUCUUAAUGAAGAGAUGUCGGACUCGACCACCGAGCAGCAGCAGGACCAAGAGACUGAUCCAGAGACCACCAUGCACGCUGAUGGAGGUGGAGCCGCUGCUGCUGCAGGCAACGGGACCAGGACACCGGAGUACGAGUGCGAGAUUCGCGUCUUCACCAUCUGGAUAUGGCCCGUGUCUCAGUUCGGGCCUCGAGAGCAGCUGUCUCUGGAGAGUCUCUUCAAAACGCACCCGAUGGCGUGUCUGGUGAUCCUCUCACGAUCUUUGGAUGGCGAAGAAGGAGAGCAGGUGCUGCAACCUUUCCUGGACCAAGGGUUGAAGCUGCUGGCGGUAACGCCCGACAUUCCGCUGCUGUUCCAGGGCACACCGGCCGCCGGGUGGUACGAGAAACUGAUCAAGGGAAUGCUCGAUCCGGGCCACAUUUCUCUGAGCAAGAACCUCUCAAAUCUGAUGCGCUUGGUGGCGCUUUUCAAGUACGGCGGCGUGUACCUGGACAGCGACGUCGUCGUGCUGAGGAAUUUCUCGUCUCUGGGCAAUGUCAUCGGGUCGCAACAGAGCGACGCGCACGGGAACUGGACCGUGCUCAACAACGCCGUGAUGAAGUUUGCGCGAGGCCACCCGCUCAUGGCCGAGUGCAUAUCCGAGUUUGCCCACACCUUCGACGGCAAUCGAUGGGGCCACAACGGGCCCUACCUCGUGACUCGAGUCGUGAAGCGAGUGCGUAAGAGGUUCCCUCUGCUGGGCCCGUGGCAGUGCGACGUCUUGCCUCCGCUGGCCUUCUACCCCGUGGACUGGAUUCACAUUCGCUCGUACUUUCUGGCCCCUCGCAGCCACUCCGACAAGCUGCGGCAUCUUGCGACCAUUCAUCAGCUGCAGACGAAUUCUUACACUCUGCAUCUGUGGAACAAGGAGACUCGCGGCUUCGCGGUGCAAAAUGGGAGCAUUCUCGACACCAUCUUCAGGGAUCGGUGCCUGCUGUGCGAGGAGACCACACUUUCGGCAGCUCUUGCAUCCCAGGAAUCGAAAACGUAAUGAACCGAGCAGAUAGGUCCGUAGCUGAGGACAGGAUGCAUAGGGUGCUGAUACCGGUCCUCGUCCACCUCCACUUUCCCAUCAUCAUCGUCGUUAUCAUCAUUUGCGGCUCCGUAUCAAUAAUCAUGGGGUUCGAAGGACAAUCAAGAAUGAUGCACAGGUCUGGAAGAUUGGUUUUCUCGCUCGUAAGACGCAGGCCCGGCAGAGGUUCCGAUUUGCACUUAGACACCAAUUCCACGACUGUUGCUGCUGCUGCUGCGGUGCAGAUUCCGUCGCCGAAGCAUGACUGGAAGACUGAUGUCUGAGAAUGCAACAUUUUGCCGCAGUGACAACCUGCUCUAACUCCGGUUUGUUACGAUGGAUAGACGAGACGAGGCCACACAAAACGCAGAGCUCAAUCAUGGUCUGUGCCUCGCAUUACCAGAAUUGCAAUGUUGGUAUCAGGGAGGAGCUCCCGCGUGCAUGAAAAGCUCCAGACGGCUGAAUCGUCGAGGACAACUCAUAAAGCAAAAGUGCAUGGGAAAAUUCAAUCUGUCAAAGUUCAGAGAGCAACACACGUCGUAUAUAGCCCACGCACACCUUACGCUACCACGCCAUCCUGCGGAUCACAAAUGGUGAUUGUUGGAGUCGGCCGAGAUGUGGUAUCAUGAAACCUUAGUUCCAGGGAUGCAAAGCAAUGCCGUCCUGUAAGUGGGUGUGAUUAAAACAUUUGAAUCUCUUCCAAAUUGCACUCAGAUCCUCGCCUAUUUCAACUCCUAUCGUAUUCUCGUUCCUUUCAUUUUGUAAAUCAUUGAACUACACUUGCCGUAAUUAUAAAUGACAGUCCUGUCGAAAUGCUGGGAGCUGUCACCACUGGGUCUUGCACACGUAUCGAUAUGCCGGUGACUUUGGUGGUAGAGCCAGAGAAGGCUCUGGCUCCCCAUCCUGAAGUUGUUACGGAAUCCUUCCCGCGGAUAAUUCAGAACGAAUUAUUAGUGUAGAAACUUUUAUAAUUAUAGACCAACUUUACCAAAACAAAACUUUUCGUCCAUUUGUUUAUAAUUAUAAACAAAUGGACGAAAGGUAAAAUACAUUACAGCAGAGGAAAUAUUUUCCUUUCGUCCAUCAAAGUUGUGAGAAAUAUGAACGCGUUCUAGCGUCCAUAUUUGACGUGGUAACAAGGAAAACUUCGAGGAUGCUGUCCACCCAAGACCAUACAUCCUGAUAACAGUGAAACGAUGCUAACUAAGAGGCAGAACUAUGUAUCAAAUAGAAUGUGGGUUCUGAUGCCAAUACGAUGACAGAUAUGUCAUGUGCAGGAAAUAUGUGAAAACUUAGAGCGAGCCCUGGAUGCGAGCACCAAGAACUCAUGUUCGAAGUAGACAUACCAGGAAUGGCUUCAUGCAGAGGGAAUAUUAUAGCUACAAACAGAAACGGAAUAUAU